GUGGUGAGCGCCACCACAUCUUGAAGCAGUUCGUCAAUUUCCCUGGCAGAGGGAAACUCGUGGGGACGGCGAGCGGGGGCUUUCGCCGUGGUGCUGGGCGCGCAAGCUGCUGGCGUGGCUGCUGAAGUGGCGGGCUGCGUGAGCUGUAGUUCGAUUGUCGGCGCGCAGUCGCCCUCUUGUUCGUUCGUUCGUUCGCUCGUUCGCUCGCCAUGGGGAAAAUGCCCGUGCGCCUGAAGGAGGUGGUCUACACUCUCUCCCCUUUCGAGCAGAAGAUUAUGUCCGGGUUGUGGAAGGAUGCGGGGUACAAACUGCAGAAGAAGGUCACCGACAACUGGGUCAAUGCGAUCUUCCUCCUAGGGCCAGUCCUGGGGACCACAUGGUACGCGCAGAACUUCAAGGAAAAUGAAAAGCUGCAUCACAGAUUUUAAAUGGUUGCGGUCGGUCUAUCAAUUAUGGGCCAACCGUUCCAUCUCCUUUGGGUGCUUCUUCUUCUUCUUGAGAUUCUUCUUCUUCUUCACCUUCCUCCUCCAGCAACGUGAAUGAAGGAUCAAAAGCGCGGGAAGGAUGGGACGACAUGUCCUUUAUGGUGAGGAUGGCGAUGGUGAGAAUGCGAGUGAUGUCGAUAACGACGAUGGUCCGAGGUGGGAACUGCAUGCCACGUGGCGACGAACACGCCACGUGGCAGCCGCGACAUGAUGGUCUCCUGGUCCGGCUCGGGUGUUCACGGCGCCCAUGGCAUGUCUUCGUGUGAGGUCGGUGGUUAUUUCGCAGGAGGGGGGGGGGGUAGUAUCUUGCACGGGCUGAUAGGGGGGGGGGGGGGGGGGGGGGACAAAGGGCAGGAAGAGGCGCUCGGGCGGUAGGUGCUUCGAGUCGCGGGGUCCCUAGGUGCUUGGGGGGGGGGGGGGGGGGGGGGGUGGGGCGAGUUGAGGGUAGGAGAUAGCGGUUGUGGCAGGAAGGCGAGGACACGUGUCCGUUGACACGCGGACGGAUGAGGGGAGCGAGUGCGAGUACAUGUACACGUGGCAUCGUGGAUUGUUCUGACCUGGCAUGGUGGAUUGUCCGUACAUGGACACGCGUUCAUUGGCGGAAGUCGAGGAGCAUCAUGGAUUGUUCUUUUCUUACCUGACGCGCGAGUGCGAGCACGCGUGCACGUGGCAUGUAUAUCUGCAGAUGCACAUGAUUUCUGCGUCUGCCAUGCACAGGAUCCUAAAUUGGAACGGGUUUUGUAAUUGAACAUUGAAAAAGCAAUCCUGUGACGGAGUUCCGUGUGGUCUUACUC